GCUCAACAGAGCGCCGCCCGCCCGGCUAGCUAGCUAGCUACCCUCUUACCUGCAUAAUGCUACAACUUGAAUGCGACACAACGCGAACCAUUGUUGCCCCCGCCAAAAAUAAUUUCAAAAGUAACUGGCUUCUUUAUUUCUUACAUGUAUCUAUAAAUAUAGGUAUAAGGUACUAAGUACUCUUAACUCAUACUCGUUGUGAUUGGGAAUACUUUGAGGUACCUACCGAACCUAGGCCAGCAGCAAGUGAGUGAGUGAGUGAGUGCAUACUUACAAGAACGGGAGAGGGAGAGGGAAACAUACACACACACACACCAUGUUCCGACACGGCGUGCGACGAAUAGCCACGACGGCGGCGCGCAGAGCCACGGCGGCGCCCGUUGCUGCUAAGGCACCGAGUCCGUACACGCUGGCUGUCUCGAAGGCACAGGGGGUUGCGAAGGGGUUGACUGGCGCCAUCGGCAACACCCCACUCAUCCGCCUAAACACGCUCUCCUCGCAGACCGGCUGCGAAGUCCUCGGCAAAGCCGAGUUCAUGAACCCCGGCGGCUCCGUCAAGGACCGCGCGGCCCUGUACGUCGUCCUCGACGCCGAGGAGCGCGGCCUGCUCCUCCCGGGCGGCACCGUCGUCGAGGGCACCGCGGGCAACACCGGCAUCGGGCUCGCGCACGUGUGCCGCGCGCGGGGCUACCAGCUCGUGAUCUACAUGCCGAACACGCAGUCGCAAGGGAAGAUCGACCUGCUCCGCCUGCUCGGCGCCGAGGUCUACCCCGUCCCCGCCGUCCCCUUCGACGACCCGCAGAACUACAACCACCAGGCCCGCCGCCACGCCGAGAAGCUCGGCGCCGGCAACGCCGUGUGGACCAACCAGUUCGACAACACCGCCAACCGCCGCGCGCACAUCGAGACCACCGGCCCCGAGAUCUGGGCCCAGACCGCCGGCAAGAUCGACGCCUUCACCUGCGCCACCGGCACCGCCGGCACCCUCGCCGGCGUCACGCGCUACCUCAAGGAGGCCUCGGGCCGCCGCGUGAAGUCGUACCUCGCGGACCCCCCCGGCUCCGUGCUGCACUCGUACAUCCAGUCCGGCGGGAAGCUGUCGGACCGCAGCGGCGGCAGCAUCACCGAGGGCAUCGGGCAGGGGCGCAUUACCGACAACCUGGCGCCCGACCUGGAGCUGCUGGACGGCAGCCUGCACAUCGCCGACGCCAAGAGCCUCGGCAUGGUGUACCGGUGUCUCGACGAGGAAGGCUUGUACCUGGGCGCCAGCAGCGCGCUGAACGUCGUGGCGGCGAAGGAGGUCGCGGAGCUGCUUGGGCCCGGGCACACGGUGGUUACGAUGCUGUGCGAUGGCGCGUACCGCUAUGCUGAUCGGCUUUUCUCGAAGAAGUGGCUCGAGAGUAAGGGGUUGUUGGAUGCGGUGCCGAAGGGGUUGGAGAGGUAUAUUGUGUUGCCGUAGGGUGUUGGAUGUUGGAUGUAGGAUGGGGUACCUAUGUGGUGAAAAAGGGGGAUAAGAGCAAGACGAAAAGAAAAGAAAAAAUGAACCAAAAAGGGUUGGCCGUGGUAAGGGGAGGGAGGCGGCGUUUCGAGAGAGGUGCAUUGAUCGAUCGAUCUAUUUAUCAUAUCGUAUAUAAGAAGCAAGCAAGACACAUUCAAACAAGUCAAUAAGUCAAAUCAAGAAA